AAAAGUGGCUAAAGUAAGUCUUAAUAAAAAAAUAUAAACUGAUAAACUGAUAAACUGAUGUCAAACUGUGUGGGCUGUUGUAAGUUGCACAGAGUUGUCUUGCAUAGCUUAAAAUGAGCAUAAUAUACAGUACUGGAAUCAGGAUACCUACCUCAUUCUAUAAACUUUAUUGGUAUUGACAACAUACGACAAGAUCAUCUCGCACAUCACAUCUUGCUAUUUUAUAUCAUCUAGCAAUUUUCUGACUUCCGAUGAGGACGGACGUGCUCUGAAGAAAUAGCAUAGAAACGCGCCGAGACAAAUAACAUGACUGAGAGACUGACUAUAGCUCGACUUGAAAAACAAUUAAAAGAAGGUUUUGAUCAUAUUGAAUCACGAAUUGAUAACCUAACUUUAAAAAGUGAAAAAAUUGAUUGUGAUUUGAACGAAAUGAAAAAUAAAAUUAUAAGCAAUUUGAUCGAACAAAACAAGAAAAUGCAAAAAAAAAUCGAAGCUUUAGAAAAUACUGUAUAUGAACAAAACAAAGAGUUAAGAGAUCUCCAACUGACUACAGAGGCAACAAACCAAUACGGCAGACGUAGCAAUAUUGAGAUUUCAGGUGUAACAAAUGAUAUAGAUGAUGAUCAACUGGAAGAUAAAAUGAUAGAGAUUUUUAACAAAAUGGAGGUCAACGUUACGAAAUCCGAUAUCGAGUCUUGUCAUAGGCUUCCUGCGAAGAAAAAUCAAACAAAAAAAACCAUUGUACGCUUCGUCAAUCGCAAAAAUUGUCAAAAACUCUUAGAAAACAAAAAAAAAACUGAAAAUAUAAAUUUCGAGGAAAUUAAGCUGCCACCAAACAGCAAAAUCUACAUUUCCGAAAAUUUAAAUCGAUUUUAUCAAAGACUGGGAUUUGAAUGCAGACAACUGAAAAGAAACAAACUCAUCUACAGUUACAAAUAUCAAAAUGAAGCUUUUUUUAUAAAAUUUGAUAAAACCGAUGAAAAACACAAAAAAAUUACACAUGUGGAUCAAAUAGUUGAAUGGUUUCCUGGGUUCUACCAAAAUGAAUUGCUCAACUACGGAAACACAGAGAGUUAGAUUGUUGUCUUUAUCUCACUUUUCUCUUCUUUCUGCUACACACGAUUUUCCCGCCUAAAGUUCUUUGUUUGUUUAAUCUUAUCGGUGAUAUACGCUCAGUAUAUAGCGUUUGUUUUAUUUGUGAAAUCGUUUGAAGCCCAAAACCUGUUCUAACUGGUAAGUUUUCACUUUCUCUUUCUUUUUUGUACUUUUAGACCCUGUUUUCCCUUUAAAGCUGCCAGUUUUGUUUCCCCCCUAUAUAUAAUUUUUAUGCUUAGUUGUAAUGUCUGCAAAAAGCUAGUUGAUGAAUCAUGUAAAAAAUCAAUUUUUUGUGAUAUCUGUAAUUCCUGGAUACAUUUUCAAAACUGCUCUAGACUUUCAGUAUCAGAAUUUGAUGCCUUAUCUCACAAUUCUAGUAACUGGGCUUGUCCAAAAUGUUUGGACAGGACAUUACCAUUUUUUGAUUCAGAACAUCUGUCAAAUUGUAAACCAAAACCAACCCCAAAUUCUACAUCCCGUAUUAAUGAAAA